AUGGCUCAAAAAAAUUACAACAUACGAAAUAUAGAAGUAUCUCAAAAACAUAUCGAAACUCAAGAAAAGAAACAUUCAAAGUUUCGUAAAAGUGUGGUAACUCAACUGGAGAAAUACUGCGAAAACACCACUUUACAUGGCUUGAGAUACGUAGGAGAUUCCCAUUUAACCAUUGGUGAAAGGAUUUUCUGGUUUAUUUCAUUUUCCCUGGCCAUCAUCUUUGCAUCGUACUACAUUUCCAACAUCUAUGCAAAAUGGAAGUCCAGUCCUGUCAUCAUCAGUUUCAGUCCUUUCGAUGCGGAAUUGAGUUCGAUUCCCUUUCCAGCCAUCACUAUUUGCAAUAUGAAUCAAGCUAAGAAGAGCGAAGCAGAAAGGAUUCUUAAAGAAGGAUCAAGUAUUGAAAGAAAACUAUUAGACGAUUCUUGCAAUGGAAACACGUCGUUUGAUAAUUCCGAAAAUAUCAGCUGGGAAUCCCUAAGAGAUUUUCUAGUAAAAGUUGGCAGUUCCUGUGCCGAUAUGUUGCAUUCCUGUCAAUGGGGCAGCGAAAAAUUGGACUGUAAUGAUGUGUUUAAUAACGACUUGACCGACGAGGGAUUGUGUUGUUCUUUUAACAGACUACCGCCUGAAAAGAUUUUUAGGAAAUCAAAAGAUAUCAGUAUAUUAAACCAAACUUAUCCCAGUAAUGUAUACGACUGGAAUCCAGAAACAGGGUUUACUGAAGCAGACACAGGAGACUCUAUUCCAAGAAGACCAUUAGGUGCUGGAGCACAUUUAGGUCUAUCAGUUAUUUUGGAUGCUAAUAUCGAAAACUAUUAUUGUUCUUCAACACAUAGCACUGGUUUUAAGGUUAUACUUUCAAACCCUAUUGAGACUCCGAAAAUGGCCGAUUACGGUUUUCUAAUAAGUCCAGGAUUUGAAACUAGGAUUUCUAUCGAUCCUUCUGUAAGAGAAGCGACUAGUGCUCUAAGAAGUAUACCUAUAGAAAAAAGACAAUGCUAUUUUUCUAAUGAAAGGCCGUUACAAUAUUACAGGUCAUACUCUCAAAGAAAUUGUUUAUUGGAAUGCCAAUCAAAUUACACUCUAGACCAGUGUGCUUGCGUACCCUAUUAUUUACCAAAGGAUAAAUCAAUAAAAUAUUGUGGAAAGACAGAGAAAUCCUGCGUAUCAUCCGCAAAAGAAGAUAUGGAAACUGAAGCUGGAAAUGGUAUACUUCUAAUUUUCAGGUCAUACUCUCAAAGAAAUUGUUUAUUGGAAUGCCAAUCAAAUUACACUCUAGACCAGUGUGCUUGCGUACCCUAUUAUUUACCAAAGGAUAAAUCAAUAAAAUAUUGUGGAAAGACAGAGAAAUCCUGCGUAUCAUCCGCAAAAGAAGAUAUGGAAACUGAAGCUGGAAAUGGGUCCAGUUGUCACUGUUUGCCUUCAUGUUUUUCAGUCAAAUUUUUCAAUAUGAUAUCCUUCGCUCAACUUGCUCCUCAAGUUAGUAGCGACUUACCCCAUUUAUCUCCCAAGUAUAUAGUGAACAAUAUGGCACUUCUUCAAUUUUACUUCUACGCUAGUAAAUUUACGAAAGAAUUAAAAAGCGAACUAUAUGGUUUUACAGAAAUAUUGUCAAACAUUGGUGGAUUACUAAGCUUAUGCUUAGGCUUCAGCUUUCUGAGUUUUAUAGAACUGAUCUAUUUUCUAACUCUUAGGGUUUCCUGCGAUCUGGCAAAGCGACAUACAUCAAUUAAACAAAAAAUGAAAAAUUUCAGAAAUAGAUCACCACCAUAUCCGUUUUUAAGAUAAAUAAUUAGUCCAAGUUUUUUAAAACUACAUAGCAUUUAUUAAAAUGUAAAUAAAUUUUGAUAAAU